AUGUCACCAUUACUAAAAGACUUUCUGAACACGCGCGUCGUUGUAAUUACAACCGAGGGCCAAUGUUUUGUAGCUACUUUGGAGGGUUUUGAUAAAAACACAAAUCUUGUGCUCUCGGACGUGCGAGAUCGAGUGUCGCAGCAGGAAAUAGCAUCGUGUUACUUCCUUCGAGGCAGCCAGGUGGUGUGUUGUGGGCCUCUAGAUAGUGGUGGGAAAGAAUCAGUGGAUUUGCACGACCUGGGCAACGACCGGAACUCGCUGGAGCUGAGAGACACAUUAAACAGGGUCGCGGAUGAGCAUUUGAUAUGGGGGAAAGUGUGGCAGAGCAAAGAGGCUCGCACCAGCAUAUGA